GAACCCGAAGAACCACACUAUACUUUCCCGGACGAUGAUCUGCUUUGGGAUCUCAUCAAAAUUUACUUUGAGCAAAUUUCUCCGUACUCUUUCCCUCUUUUGCAUAAACCUACUUUUGAACGCGCGGUCACUUCGGGUCAUCACCUCAGUGAUCACAAUUUCGGAGCUACGGUGCUUGCGGUGUGUUCACUAGCUUCAAGGCAUUCUGACGACCCACGAAAUUAUAUCAACGCGAUGGACUAUGAACAGCUAAUAGGAUGGAAAUGGUUCCGUCAAAUACGACUUGUCAGACCAAGUUUUGUCGAUACGGUAUCGCUUUACGAACUUCAGCUGUACUGUCUUGCUUUUUCAUACUUAUCGUCCACAACUAUCGCAGAUGCCUUGUGGCCUUUGAUCGGGUUAGGCAUACGCUUUUCCCAAGAGAGAGGUGUUCAUCGUGCCAAACCAGGGCCUCGAACUCCAGAGAACGAAUUGUGGGUUCGAGCAUUUUGGUGCUUGAUAGGUCUUGAUAUCAUACAAGGUAUUACUUUCGGACGGCCACCUGCCACAACACCGAACGAUUUCGACGUAGAUCAACCUGCGGAGUGCGAUGACGAAUAUUGGGAAUGCUCUUCUGGAGAACAGUUCAUCCAACCACCGGGAAAACCUUCCAUGCUAUCCUUUGGUGUACACUACAACAAAUUAUUGCAGAUCGCCGGGUCUAUUCAAAGAACCAUUUUUGCGUGUAAGCACCCACACGAACAGUCGAGUAUUGAAUGGAAUCAACGACAAGUCAUUAAGCACGACUCCGCCUUGAACCAAUGGUUGGAUUCACUACCUGAGCAUCUACGCUGGGAUCCUCAUCGCGUGAACCCAGUCUUCUUCUCUCAAACAGUAAUCCUCCAUCACACCUUCUAUUUUGUGCAGAUGACACUGCAUAAAAAGUUUGUUAUGCGAAUCACACAACCUUUGAACUAUUCUUCAGAUUCUGGAUCCAGUCCCGAAUCAAAUACCACAUCGAACACUAGCUCGACGCACAAAUCAUCGGCAUAUUUGGAGAUGAGAAUGAGCUUUCCAUCCUUGGCUGUAUGCGCCAACGCCGCACGAUGUACGGUCAAUAUCUCACAAGCUCACCACCAACGGGGGUUGCAUCCUUUGCCGUGGACAUUGAUGACUCUGCCUCAUGCCGCUUCGGUCCUUCUCGUCGCGCUCUGGAGAAGCAAACAUUCAACCGGAUCAGGCUCAGCGGCAUCUAGGAAGGAGUUGGCUGAUUUACAGAGAUGUUUUGCACUGCUAAUAAGUUACGAGAAAAGACAUCAGGCCGCCGGACGAAUCGUGUAA